CGUCGUCGACCACCACGCACGACGGCCAGAGGGUCAACGCCAGCGAGCAUGUCGGGGCGCACGCAGCAGCUCUACUUGGACCCAGACAUCAGGAAUUGGGUCCUGAUACCCAUCACGAUUGUCAUGCUACUCGUUGGCUUGCUGCGACAUUAUGUAGUCUCGCUGCUCAACUCACCGCCUAAGCCAUUGCCGCUCAAAGCCUUACGCGAGCAACGUCUGCUGACCCGGUCCAAUCUGCUGAGAACGUAUGCCAAUCAGCUCAGUCCGGCAGCAUUCCAAGCGCGCAAGGAAGCGCUGGGCCAAGCACUAGAAUCGGGCGAUUACCUCAAAGCGCCGCCUAAUCCAGAUGGUGCCUCUGCACCUCCCAACCCGCUCUCCGAUCCUGCCAUGAUGGAAGGCAUGAUGGGCGGGCUGAAGAAGCAGAUGGUCAUGAUGGUCCCACAAACGGUCAUCAUGGCCUGGAUCAAUUUCUUCUUCAAUGGCUUCGUCCUCAUCCGACUGCCAUUUCCACUCACUAUACGCUUCAAGUCGAUGCUACAACGAGGUAUAGAUACCCAAGACAUGGACGUCACUUGGGUCUCUUCGCUUUCCUGGUACUUCCUCAAUCUCUUUGGCCUUAAUUCGGUCUAUCAGCUCAUAUUGGGCGAAGAGAACGCUGCGGAUGGCACUCGAGACAUGCAAGCGAUGGGCGCAAUGGGUGGAGGCAUGAUGGGCGGCAUGCCCGGAGCGCCUGCUCAAGACUUUGUCAAGCUUUUUGCAGCAGAGCGAGAAAAUUUAGAUCUGGUAGACCAUGUGUGGAUAGGCAAUGAUGUCGAGCAGAGGUUGCUUGCAAUGUACGGGAUGCAAUGAUUUGACACUC